UAUAAGGAAAUGCUAGAUCUAGUGACACCACCCAGCUUGACUGUAAAUAAAGAAUAUCCUGACAUUCUGAAGCUUAACCUUUCUAACACUUAUGCUACGGUUCCAGAUGACAUAGAAGGCAACCGGAAAUCUGCACCUCAACAUUCUUUUCAUCUUUACACUACCAAACAUUAUCCCCAUAUAGUAACAGUUCCAUCCUUUGCAACAAUGGCUACAUAUGGGCAGACUCAGUACAGUGCAGGCAUCCAACAAACUGCUGCUUAUACUGCGUAUCCACCCCCUGGACAACCGUAUGGAAUUCCUUCCUAUUCCAUCAAAACAGAAGAUAGCCUGAGCCAUUCACCUGGUCAGAGUGGGUUUCUUAGCUAUGGAUCCAGCUUCAGCACAGCAACAUCAGGCCAGACACCUUAUGCUUACCAAAUGCAUGGUACCUCAGGGAUUUACCAGGGACCUAAUGGCCUGACAGGUUCUGCAGGGUUCAGCACAGGGUUGCAUCAGGAGUAUUCUUCAUAUCCCAGCUUCACACAAAGCCAGUAUUCACAGUAUUACAACUCUUCCUACAAUUCAUCAUAUAUGUCUGCAAAUAACAUUAGCCCAUCAACCAUCCCAACGUCACCUUAUUCUGUCCAAGAGUCGUCACACAACGUUAGCGGUCAGAGCACUGAAUCACUUCCUGGUGAAUAUACAACACCUGUAAAAGGCAUAGAAUCUGACAGACAGCACAGGGGAACUGAUGGAAAACUACGAGGACGAUCAAAAAGAAACAGUGAUCCAUCCCCGGCAGGAGACACUGAUAUUGAGCGUGUGUUUGUAUGGGACUUGGAUGAGACGAUAAUUAUUUUUCACUCCUUACUCACGGGAACUUUUGCCUCCAGAUAUGGGAAGGACACUACUACAUCAGUUCGGAUAGGCCUUAUGAUGGAAGAAAUGAUUUUCAAUCUUGCAGAUACACACCUGUUCUUUAAUGACCUGGAGGACUGUGACCAGAUACACAUAGAUGAUGUAUCAUCCGAUGACAAUGGACAAGAUUUAAGCACAUAUAAUUUCUCAGCAGAUGGUUUUCACAGUUCAAAUACUGGAGCAAAUCUUUGUCUGGGUUCCGGAGUUCACGGGGGCGUUGAUUGGAUGAGGAAAUUAGCAUUCCGCUACCGGAGGGUGAAAGAACUCUACAACACCUAUAAAAACAAUGUUGGCGGUUUAAUAGGAGCUCCUAAGAGGGAAAGCUGGCUGCAGUUAAGAGCAGAACUGGAAGCGCUCACUGAUCUCUGGCUAACGCAUGCUUUGAAAGCGUUGGAUUUGAUACAUUCCCGGCCUAACUGUGUAAAUGUUUUGGUGACUACGACUCAGCUUAUCCCAGCACUUGCAAAAGUUCUGUUGUAUGGACUAGGUGUUGUCUUCCCCAUUGAAAAUAUUUAUAGUGCAACCAAGACAGGAAAAGAAAGCUGUUUUGAAAGGAUAAUGCAGAGGUUCGGACGGAAAGCUGUGUACAUUGUAAUAGGAGAUGGUGUUGAAGAGGAACAGGGGGCCAAAAAGCACAACAUGCCUUUCUGGAGGAUCUCUUGCCAUGCUGAUCUCGAGGCUCUGCGGCACGCGCUUGAGCUAGAAUAUUUGUAG